AUGGUUAAACCUCGACCACGAAACUAUCCAAACCCGGCGCUCCUGGUACUCCUCCCAGCGAUUGCAUUCGGAGCGUUUGCAUUUGUCAAGUAUUCGACCACGACAAAGUCUUCGUCAUCUUUGUCCUCGGCGGACCAGGCGCAGGAAAGGGAACUCAGUGUGCGAAACUGGUGCAAGAAUUUGGAUUCUCCCAUCUCUCUGGUGAGCAUCAAUUGGCGGGGCUCUUCUAGAUCAACGACCACGAUUGACGCCGGACGUCCCGAAGCGGGUGAUCUCUUGAGAGCAGAGCAGAACAGAGAAGGAUCUCAGUACGGAGAGCUGAUCCGCCAGAACAUUCGCGAAGGCAAGAUCGUUCCAAGUGAGGUCACUGUCGGCCUGCUACGAAACGCCAUCGCAGCCGAGCUGGAAAAGCGCAAGGAGAAUACCGAACAAGGAUGGGGCGAUGGUAAGGGUCGUUUCUUGGUGGAUGGAUUCCCCCGACAGAUGGAUCAGGCCCACAUCUUUGACGAACAAGUCUGCGAAUCCAAAUUUGUCUUGUUCUUUGUGACUUCAGAGGAAGUCUUGCUUCAGCGUCUCUUGGAACGAGGAAAGACGAGCGGCCGUGAAGACGACAAUGAAGAGAGCAUCAAGAAGCGCUUCAAAACGUUUGUCGAGACGAGUAUGCCAGUUGUAGAAUACUACAAGAAGCACGACAAGGUUAUAGAGAUCGACGCCACGAAAUCCAUCGACGACGUCUACACUCACACGUCUGCUGCCGUGCGGGAGCGCCUCUCAAUCUAG